AUGUUUUUUGACAAGAUAUAUUUCUAAAUAACUUUGUGUUAGUCGGUUUCUUGUGUUAAUAAAAACCUCCGCACUGGUUCUGUCAGUCAGCUGGGGUAGGUGGGGUCACAAAGAGCCAAGAUGGCUGACUUUGAGGAGCCGCUGCCAGAUGAGGAGAAGGUCCGCAUAGCGGCCAACUUUGUGACUCAUGCCCCCCCAGGAGAGUUCAAUGAAGUCUUCAAUGAUGUGCGGCUCCUUCUCAAUAAUGACAACCUCCUUAGGGAGGGGGCUUCACACUCCUUUGCCCAGUACAAUAUGGAUCAGUUUACUCCUGCCAAACUAGAGGGCUAUGAUGAACCGGUGCUGAUCACAGAGCAUGGAGACUUGGGUCAGGGACGUUUCCUGGACCCCCGCAACCGUUUGUCAUUCCGCUUCGAUCACCUAAGAAAAGAGGUGAGCGACGUGCAGCCGUAUGACGGCGAUACAGCCCUGAGAAGCUGGAGAGAUGCCUGUGAUACUGCCCUUAGUGCCUAUGUCAAGGAGCACUACCCUACUGGAGUCUGCACGGUAUAUGGAAAGAUGGUUGAUAGUCAGCAAACUAUCAUAGCCUGCAUUGAGGGACAUCAGUUUCAGCCCAAAAACUUCUGGAAUGGUCGCUGUAGGUCAGAGUGGAAGCUUACCAUUGGUCAGUCCACUGCUCAGGUGGUGGGAGUGUUGAAAAUCCAGGUGCACUAUUAUGAAGAUGGGAACGUGCAGCUGGUUAGCCAUAAGGAGGUAGAAGAAUCAAUACCAGUAACUAAUGAAAGCCAGACAGCCAAGGAAUUUGUUGACAUUAUUGAGAAUGCUGAAAAUGACUACCAGACUGCAAUCAGUGAGAACUACCAGACCAUGUCUGAUACCACUUUUAAGGCCCUGCGUCGUCAGCUGCCCGUUACACGCACUAAGAUCGACUGGAAUAAGAUCCUAAGUUACAAAAUUGGCAAGGAGAUGCAGAAUGCCUAGUGGGUGGUCAGGGACGCACGCUCCACUUGUCCCACAACCCACCUAUACAUGCGCAAGGACUAACCAAAGCAAAACUAUGUCAGUAUGGGGCAAGGAAAUAAUUUAAAAAAAAAAACACAAACAAAAAAAGUAUAACUGAAGAUUUGCAGACUGUUAGGCACAGGUAUCUGUCUGCUGUAAGGAAGUUGCAGUUAUGGAGAUAAUUGAUGGUUUGAAGGAACUGGUUACUUCUGGAUGUGUGUUGUUAAAAGAGUUGUGUUGGGUCAGUGUGCAGGGCUGUGCUCAGGACUGCUACAUUAAAGGAGCAAAUCUUCCUUCGGCUGUCUGAGGUAUCGCCGACCUCCCUAGAUUCAGGUGUCAGAAAUUGCAAUAUUUUUUCUUUGUCAAACUGAUGCAGAACUGUGAUCACGUCACAGUGGAGAUCUCAGCACACCGGGACAAAAAAAAGGAACUGCACAAGGCAGCUGAUGAGAGAAAUUAAGCACAUCAUCACAUAUCAGGGUAUGAUUUUGGACAGGAAAAUAUUCAUUUUGUGAAAGUUUUUGUUUCUUUUUUGGAAAUCGAAAUCAGGCGCGUCAGUAAAAUUGGCAGGAAAAUGAAUAGCAGUCAUCUGACAUUUCAACUGUUGAUAGGUUUAUAGUAUUGCUGAACUGACAUGGAACUUAGUUAUACAUUGCUAAAGAAAUUGACAGUAUUUUAGCCUGUUAACAGUUAGGAGUAGCACAAUCCUCAGCAUAGCUCUGUCCCUGCACUGUAGACCUGUAUGUUUGUCGGUGUUUGUCAGAGCUGAGGGAAUGUUUACUUGUUUUCUGUUGCGCUCCACUGAUGUAUGUGUCUCCACCAAUGCAAGCUAUGAUGACUGAAAUAAGAUAAAGCAACUUCUACGCUGCUGCAUCUAUAAUGCAUUCUCUGGUCUCUUACUUUGGCAACACCACCUCCAUUGCUGUACAGCUUUUCCUUUGUGAAAGGGAAACAUACUCAUAAUAACCAAGAUUUAUUUGCCAAAAUCUCUUUCCUAUGGUAAAGAACUCCAUCCUCCCACCCAUGUAUGCAAAUUUCUAUUUUAAUAUGCUGGUUUUUUGUUGGAGUCUUAGAAUAUUGCACUCUUAACCAUAACAAACUGUUUGUGUAUUGGCCAAAGCCAAGUGAAUGCAAAACAGUUGCCAUGUAAGGCAAGAUCAUAUUCUGUAUAAGUUACAUGACUUCUGUAAGGCCACAUCAUACUGUAUGUGUUACAUGUCUUCUAAGUAGGCUGACUCUGGAUCAGUUACUUGUUAGCUAGACUUAAGUGCUGUGUUCAACCCUCACACUAUACUACAACUGUGUGCCGAUCAGUUAUAAAAUUCAAGACUGUACUGCCCCAUUCUGUUGUACAAAUAAAUGGAUUGAACAUC